AUGAAGCCGCGGCCCCCACCUGAGUCUCCAGAGACCAAAUACUUCAGCGACGUCCUUCUUACUUUGAGCAAGAGUGCAUACCAAGCCGAGCAAAGUGCCCGGUGGUCAGAAGCCUAUGACCUCCACAAGAAAGCCACAGAAGACUACGCAGCAUUUCUCAAGAAACCGGUGAAGCAAGUGCCAUGGCAGUAUGGCAAAUCCUACCUGCAAUACUCCCAGUAUCGCAAGCGGCUCCAUCUUGAACGCAUGGCGUAUAUUCAGCCAUGGGCCAAGGGAGGUCAUCCUGUGCCAGAGAGGGUGAUUAUGCAUCCCUCGAACACUCUCACCGUGCGCGGGUUUUCUGAAUCUGGGGAUAUGGUAGAACUUCUUCGUAGUGUGACCAAGAACGAGGCACUUGUGCUGACUCAUCAACAAGUUACCGACCCCAAUGCGACUGGCCUGUCCAAUUACUCUGACACUCUGCCUCGUAAUCUGCCUCCGAAUCAAUACGAGAUCGACUACCACACGGAGCACAGGGCAUACUUGGAGAUGGAGCUCUGCGUAGCCACCGUCACCGACAAGGAGACCUCGCAGACGCUGCUCAUCCUGGAGACCUGGGUUGCCCCACGCGGCAGUCGACCUCAGGUGCGCGAGGCCUUUGUCUACCGAGCGGCCGACUACCCGAUCCCGGUGUUCCAUCACGUCUACAACCAUGACCACUGCACGAGGAGCGUCUCGAGCGGGCCGUGGUUGUGGAUGAGCUCGGUCUUCCCCACCUUGAUAUACGGCCUGCCUGAGCCGGACUGGAGGCCCGAGGCGGACAGCGACACCAUUGCGGCCUUCCGCCGCGCGAGCUCGAUCAUCACAGAAGUUCCCGACCGGGAGGGCUAUCCGGGCCCUGUGCGCUUCAGCUUUGGCGGCCGGCAGUUCGUGAGGAAGCCGCCGGCCGGCGACGAGAAGUACGCCAGCUCGUGGUCCGACCAAGUCCUGCGCGAGUUCACCACCACGGAGCCAGUCGCCGGCAGCAAAACAGGCAAGAGGAAGGACGACGCGAGUGACGUCAAGCUCGCCUGGCUGGAGAGCAGAGGAAAAUGGGCUGCCGCGCGGGGCAGGUUCACGGUGAAGGUCGCUGCCGGGAUCGAUCCGCUUUUCAAAGAGUACGUCUUGGCGGCGACGCUGAUGAAGCUGGUUUCGACGGCCAGGGGUACGGAAGUAGGAGGCUCGAGGCUGGAAGGGGAUCCGAAAAUCAUGCAGGAGAUUCUGGCGAAGGGUGGUGCGAGUCUUGCAAUUUCCAUGGUUUUGGGUAUUCUCUUUGCCAGCUGA